CAUCAGCAGUGGUUGGAGCCUUCAUCCUUCAUCAUCACCGUGGUAACAUGCUGUAUUUCCAGGUGGUGAUUUUAGCAGCCACAGUGAUGCUGGUUUACUACUGUGAGUUCACUGAUACUUUCAGUCCAGCACAGCAGGGCUUCAUCUGCAGAGACCCAAGUUUAACUAAACCAGAUCCUGGACCUGAACAGGACAGCCGCAUACAGCCUGUUAUACUGUACUCUGUGGUGGGUGGACUGCCUGUUGUACUGAUUUCUGGCGUAGAGCUGGUUAUCUUCCUCCUUCAUUACAACUCAAACAACCUGUAUGACCAAGAGAAGGUCGUUAUCAUGGGUGACUGUUGCUAUGUGAACCCCAUGAGAUGUAAAACAUUAAAUGUGUGUAUGUUUCUCUCUGUAGGUGUGUAUGUCUUUGGUCUGUUUGCAACAGACAUCUUUGUCAACGCAGGUCAGCUUGUCACAGGAAGUCUGGCUCCUCACUUCCUGUCUGUUUGCCAGCCCAAUUACACUGCCCUCGGCUGUCAAGACACAGCCCGCUUUGUCAGCCAAUCAGAUGCUUGUACCGGUGACCCUGAUGACAUCAUGAGAGCCAGAAAAACUUUCCCCUCCAAAGAGGCUGCGCUCAGUCUGUACACAGCAGUUUACCUGGCAUUUACCUUCAUCGCUCCUAAAGACUUCAUAACACUGGUUCCUUUUCAGAUGUAUGUCAUGUCCUGUGUUGGUUCCAGUGGAGGCCGUCUGACUGGCCCCCUCCUCAGUCUCUCAUUGGUCAGCCUGGCUGUGCUAACAGGCAUCAACAGAGUGGCCGAGUACCGAAACCACUGGAAUGAUGUCAUUGCGGGACAAGCCAUUGGGGGAGCUAUUGCUGUCUUCCUGGUCAGUUGUUAUUCAGCUGUAGCAGCGCAUUAG